AGAAGAGGAGAUGGGCCGCGAGGUGGCGCUGGGCCCGCAGCGCCGGGAUCCCUGGAUCCCGCAGGACGAGUGCGCCUUCAGAGGCUUUCCCGCUGUGCUUGAGUGCCGGCAGUCUCCCAGGCGCCCCUGCUUCCGUUUCCCCAUCUGCAAAAUGGGGAUGUCAGGACCCUUCACAAACCUUAAGACGCUGCAGAGACGUUAUCUGUGCUGACGAUGACAAGGACGAUGACGAGGGAAGGGGGGGCCACGGGAACCGGGGCGCCCUGCUGGGGGUCCUUAUCCACCCUUCACUUACGAGGAAGCCGGGCUCCCCCGGGGGCCCUCCCCGCAUGUCUGAGCUGAGCCCGCCGGGGACGCCCCAGGGGAUGGGCGGCUUCUGCCCGAGUCCCCAGCUUUCUGGGGCCACCUCAACCUUGCCCCUCACAGAUCCCCCAUGGGACCACCCUUCCAACGUGGCAGGCCCCCACUGUGCUGGGUGUGUUCCUCGGGCUCUCCAGGACCUUGGACAGUGAGCCCCCCCCCCACCAGGUCUGGACCUAGCCUCUGCCCGAGCCUGCCUUGGCUUCGGCCAGCACACCGGACUGACCCCCAUACGAGAGCUGAGGGGGACAGGCCAGCUAUGGCUGCUGCCCUGGGGGAGGACCUGGCCCAGGCCCCUGAUAUCCAGGAUGAUUCCAGCUCCCUUGGCUCAGACUCAGAGAUUAAUGGUCCAGGACCGUACCGCAGAGCUGACCGAUAUGGCUUCAUCGGGGGCAGUGCCAAGCCCUCGGAGGCAGGCCCAGGGCAGCCCUCACUGGAGUUGAUCCGCCAACGAGAGAUGAAGUGGGUGGAGAUGACGACUCACUGGGAGAAGACCAUGUCCAGGCGGGCCAAGAAGGUGAAGAUGCAGUGCCGUAAAGGGAUCCCGUCUGCUCUGCGGGCCCGCUGCUGGCCCCUGCUGUGUGGGGCCCAAGACCGACAGGCCCAAAACCCCAACACCUACCAGGAACUGGUCUCAGCCCCAGGAGACCCUCAGUGGCUGGAGGCGAUUGGGAGAGACCUGCAUCGCCAGUUCCCCCUCCAUGAAAUGUUCCUGUCCCCCCAGGGUCAUGGGCAGCAAGGGCUCCUGAAUGUGCUUAAGGCCUAUACCCUGUACCGGCCUGAACAGGGCUACUGCCAGGCCCAGGGGCCUGUGGCUGCUGUGCUCCUCAUGCAGAUGCCCCCUGAGGAGGCUUUCUGGUGUUUGGUGCAGAUCUGUGAGUUCUACCUGCCUGGUUACUAUGGGCCCCAUAUGGAGGCCAUACGGCUGGAUGCUGAAGUGUUCUCAGCCCUGUUGGGCAAGCUGUGCCCCCGGAUCCACAAGCACCUACAUCAGCAGGGCGUGGGGCCCCUACUUUACCUGCCCGAGUGGUUCCUCUGCCUCUUUGCCCGAUCCCUGCCCUUUGCCACCGUUCUGCGCAUCUGGGAUGCCUUCUUCAGCGAAGGGGUGAAGGUCUUGUUCCGGGUGGGGCUGACCCUAGUCCGCCUGGCCCUGGGCACAGCUGAGCAGCGCCGGGCCUGCCCCGGGCUGCUGGAGACACUGGAGACUCUGCGUUCCAUCCCGCCAGCCCAGCUGCAGGAAGACCUGUUCAUGGCCCAGGUUCACGCAGUGGCGGUCUCGGAGCGAGACCUGCAGCGGGAGAGCCUCACUCAGCUAGCCAAGCUCCAGAAGACUUCUCCAGAGCUACAACUGAGCCCCAAAGACCGCCUUCCGGGUGCCUCGGCCAUCUUUGAGGCCCAGCAGCUGGCCGCCGCCAAGCCACCAGACCGGGAGGUCCCCCGUAUUGUGGUGCACCCCCCCGAGGAGCCACGGCCCCGAAAGAAGCCACAGACGCGGGGCAAGACUUUCCACGGGUUGCUGACACGACCCCGGGGCCCCCAGACAGAGGGCCCAUCCAGGACCCACCGGGCCUCGUCCUCCUUCCUGGACACGCGGUUCUGAUUGGCCUUCCUGGGAGAGAGGGGACUUCAGGGGAGGCUUUGGAGGCCCUGGGUUUGAAUCCUGUCCUCUAGCCCCGGCCACGCCCCUCCCUUCCCUGAACUCAGUGUCCUCUUCUGUAAAGUGAGAGGGUUGGACCUGGUCCUUUCCAGGGCCUCUUCUAUUUGAACCAAAAUGGGGAGGUCAAGGGCCCCUUGGGGGUGGGGUCUCCCUGCAUCCCUCCCCCACCUGGGCUCUCCCAGGCAUCUCCGCAGCCUGGGCAGCUGUCUCUGAUGGCCCCGGGGGUGGACUGGGGAGGCCCCCAGUCGCACCCCGUCCCCUCACGGCCCCUCCAGUAUCCAUCACCAGCACUUUUCUGGGAAGGCCCACCCGGGACCUGCCCCAGAGUUUGGCCCAAAGACAGGGGACAGAACCUACUCCAGCAGUAAAAGUGGGCAGAGCCACACUCAAUUCUGCGGUGCAAAGAGUGAUGUCCGGGGGGCUCGGCAGCCAGCCAGGCCUGGUCACCUCUGGCCCCAGGGCACAGGGUGAUGUGGGGAAGGCCCCCAGGCAGGCUGCAGGCCUUUCCACACAGGUGCUUAAUAAAGGCCCGGUCAAUUGAAGCUACUGGGUAGAAUGGCCCUUUUCUGCUCCAUGACAUUCCCAAUGAAGUGGAAUGCAUCGCAGAAGUCCUCAUUAGGAACAAAAAAUCCUUAUUAGCUGGGACUGGGGAGGGCAUUAAGGGGGGAGUGCUAGGCAAAAAGGAUCAAUUUUGUCUACUGUGCUUCAGAAUUUCUUGGAAACCUUGGCAAAAGGGGUCCCUUUCUCUCCAAGGACCCCUUCCCCUCCCCACAGGGGGCCUAGGUUCUGUCAGCAUAUUUCCUUGGCUGUAAAAUGGAGUUAAUAAUGCCCACCUGCUCACCCCAGGGGUCUUUGCCAGGCUGGCUGAGAA